AUGGGCAAGAUGCCAAGUGAGAAAUUAGACAAGACCUUAAAGCCUCUCGAGAGGCCAAAUGUCCAGACCCAGGCAGAGAAGGAUCUCACCUUCCUGUGUGCUUGCGUCAAAAAUUGCAAUUCCAUGUCCAAGCCUAUCUCAGAGGAGCUUGGAAUAACAAUCGGUGUCGCUCGUACGCGACUCUACUACAUCGAAAAGCGGCUCGAAAAGCGGGACAAGAAUAUGGACAAGAAUGACCUGGAAGAGAAGUCAGAAUAA